AUGGCUUUAACUGAGGAGCAGUUGACACCCAUUGCGACCGUCAGCCCAGGCGGAGAACAGCCAGCCAUCCACGACGUUCUGGACGGACAUCUGCCUUUUGAAGACGUGCCAGCCAAGAAGGAUGUGGCAGACCGCUCGAAAUCACUCUCAUCGGAGCCGAAGGGGUAUUACGAUACUCCCUCGAAUAAUCGAUAUUCAAUCCCUAUGGGUGAGCGACUGGCUUUCACUCCUCGCCAGCUUCGAGUCAUUACAGUGGGCGCUGGAUUUUCUGGCCUCAUGAUGGCCCAUAAAUUUCAACAUCGCUUCCCAGAGAUGGAUGAAAUGAUCGACCAUACCAUCUUUGAGAAAAGGAGUGAGGUAGGCGGAACUUGGUUAGUCAACACCUACCCGGGGGUUCAAUGUGACGUCCCAUCCCAUAUCUAUGCAUUUCCUUUUGACCCAAACCCAGAAUGGAGUCGGUUCUACUCAAGUGGUGCCGAGAUCCAGGAGUACAUCGUCAAAACCACUAAAAAGUGGAACCUGGAUCGAGACAUACAGCUCAACUCGACAGUUAAGAAAGCGGUUUGGGAGGAGGCGCGAGGACAGUGGUGUCUAACGGUGGAGCACGGUGGAAAAAGUCGACACGAAUGGGCGGAUGUCCUGAUAUCCGGGCAGGGAGUCCUUGAUACCUACCAAUGGCCAACAAUUCCCGGCAUCGAGAAGUUCAAAGGUCGGCGCGUGCACUCGGCCGACUGGGACCACAGCUACGACUACUCCCACAAAAGGAUUGCGGUUAUUGGAAAUGGGUCAUCUGGAGUCCAGAUCGUGCCUCAAAUGGCCAAACUUCCUGGGACGACAGUGACGAAUUUCUGCCGUGGCCCAUCCUGGAUCUACUACCGGGUGCCCCCGUCACAACAUCUAGGCAAAUCAGGGAAAACCGGCAACAAUCCACCGUAUUCAGAAGAAGAGAAGAGGGCUUUUAGAGAAAACCCCGAAAAGAUGCGAAACCAUCGCCGGGACAUGAUUGGGAGAACAAACAAGGCGUUUCGAAUGUUCAUCAAAGACUCAGCCAUGAAUAAAGAAGCCAUGGAACUCGCCCGGGCGCAAAUGAGCGAGAGACUCGGGCACGAUCCACGGCUAUGUGAGAUGUUGAUUCCAAAAUGGUCGUUGGGGUGUCGCCGAAUCACCCCUGGCGAGGGAUACUUGGAGUCAUUUACGCUGCCGAACUGUGAUAUUACGCAGAGCCCGAUUGUGCUGAUCACCGAGAACGCAGUCCACACGGCCGACGGCAAGGUGCACGAGGUCGACGUCUUGGUGUGUGCCACUGGCUUCGAUGUGUCGUUCCGCCCGAGCUAUCCGACCAUCGGCCGCGACGGGGUCGACUUGCGCGAGAAAUGGGCUGACACACCCGAAUCGUACUUUUCCAUUGCCGUGGCCAGCAUGCCCAAUUAUUUCACCGUGUUGGGCCCGAACGCGGUGGCCGGCCAUGGGUCGCUGCUCGAGGCGAUGAACUGGAAUGGCGACUACUUCGUGCGAUGGCUACGCAAGAUGGCCGAGGAGGACAUCAAGUCGUUCGUUCCCAAGUCAGCUGUAGUGGAGCAGCUGAACGUAUACUCGGACGAAAUCCACAAGUCGCUUGUGUGGACGGCCCCCUGCAAAAGCUGGUACAAGCGCAAUCAGGUCAAUGGGAGGGUCACGGCCUUGUUCGCCGGCAGUGGCAUGUUGUACAAGCGCCUCGUGGGCGGGGAGCUGCGCACGGAGGAUUUCGAGAUCGAGUACCGCAGCACCAACAUGUUCAGGUUUCUGGGCAAUGGGUUUACUGCUUUUGAGCUGGAUCCGGAGAGCGACUUGGCCUGGUAUAUUGAGAAAUGA